GGGUGUGGAUAGUGAGGCGGCGGCGCACUGCUGACUCUGCCCCUUUCCGUCCCGGCUGAGAGAGAGAUAGCGUCGUUCGCGCGGAAGCCGGCUAGGCCUUGUUUGCUUGUUGCCGCCAACAUGUCGAAGUCUGAGGGAUCGUCCGAUUACGGGUGCGAUAUGUCUCCUCAUGAAUCCCCAAAGGAGCCUGAACAGCUGCGCAAACUGUUUAUUGGUGGUCUCAGUUUUGAGACAACAGAUGAAAGCCUUCGCAAUCAUUUUGAGCAGUGGGGCACGCUUACAGACUGUGUGGUUAUGAGAGACCCAAAUACCAAACGCUCGAGAGGCUUUGGAUUUGUCACCUAUUCAACAGUGGAAGAGGUUGAUGCUGCCAUGAAUGCCAGGCCACACAAAGUUGAUGGAAGAGUUGUUGAACCAAAGAGAGCUGUGUCUAGAGAAGACUCGCAGAGGCCUGGGGCUCACUUGACGGUGAAGAAAAUCUUUGUUGGAGGAAUUAAAGAAGAUACAGAAGAACACCAUUUAAGGGACUACUUUGAACAGUAUGGAAAAAUCGAAGUUAUUGAAAUAAUGACCGACCGGGGUAGUGGCAAGAAGAGGGGGUUUGCCUUUGUUACUUUUGAUGAUCAUGACUCUGUGGACAAAAUUGUCAUUCAGAAAUACCAUACUGUGAAUGGUCAUAACUGUGAAGUCAGAAAGGCUUUAUCGAAGCAGGAAAUGGCCAGUGCCUCUUCCAGUCAGAGAGGCCGCAGUAGCUCUGGCAGUUUUGGCAGUGGCCGUGGAGGUGGAUUUGGCGGUAGUGACAACUUCAGUCGUGGUAGCAACUUCAGUGGCCGUGGUGGGUUUGGCAGUCGUAGUGGUGGUGGUGGCGGCAGCAGCGGUUAUGGAAGUAGCGGAGAUGGCUAUAACGGGUUUGGCAAUGAUGGUUAUGGAGGCAGUGGCCCUGGCUAUUCUGGAGGAAGCAGAGGUUAUGGCAGCAGUGGCAGCUAUGAUGGCUAUAACAAUGGAGGUGGUGGUUUUGGUGGUGGCAGUGGUGGGAGUAACUUUGGAGGUGGGGGAAGCUACAAUGACUUCGGCAGUUAUAAUAACCAGUCUUCAAACUUUGGACCCAUGAAAGGAGGAAGCUUUGGCAGCAGGAGUUCUGGCCCAUAUGGUGGAAGUGGUGGAGAAGAGGAGUGCUUCAUUGGUUAAAUGCCCCUGCUCCGUGCUUAUAGACCAAGAUGUCUCUGGAACACCAUUUUAAAAGGGUAAAAAUGGCCAGUCCUAUGAUGUUGGGUGGCAGAGGACAUAAGACCAUCAACCAAAUAAAUAAGUAAGAAAGUUACGUAAAUGGACAAGGAAUACUACAAGAAUUCACUUGAGAGAUCUAGGCUGGAGGCUGAUGUUUUUUAAUUUAGAUUGGCAAAGAAUAUUAAUUCCUUACUAGAAGGAAUGGAUUUUCAGUGUGGUAUCAGAGUAAAACUAUACUAUAAUGUCCCUGUGUCUGAUCAUAGGCUUCAUGGUUUUGUUUUCUUUCUUUGCAGGACUGUUCAGCUUGGUGUAUCAUAAACCUUCCUCAAAAAAGGUUAAAUAGCUACUGGGUAGCUGUAUGUGUAAACUAUUCAUAUGAAUAGCUUUUAUUUAUUUAUUAAAGGAUUUUUAUAGCAAAAA